UCCAUUCCAUUCCAUUCCAUGAAACGAACGCUACCUAAGUUCGUUUUCGUCUUCCUCAAAGUAACGACCUCUGGUUUUCCCUAACAUUAGUAAUAAUAUGCUAACAUCUGCCACCCAUUAGGACUGCUAAAUACUUCGGUGGUUGCAUUUCUUCAUAUGAAUCAAGCAAUCUUGACCCAAAGGCAUUAGUAUGGGUCAUUCUGGGUGUUUUUUAUACUACUAUGGGUGGUUUUGGGUGAAGCAAUACAAGUUAAAGGGUCAGACUGGGUCAAUUUGAAAACAGAGGAUAUUUAUGACGGGUGAAGUUGGGUUGGAAAUUUAUAAAGAACGGGUCAUCUAGGUUUUCUGAGAACGGGUUGAUCUCUUGAUUACGCUGCUUCUCUUCUUCGCUAUUCUCACCGGAUCUCUUGACAAUCCUCCAACAAGCAAGGUGAUUCUGAUAUUUCUGUUGGAGUAGAUCUCAAAGCCGAUGAUUCUCCAAUCUUAACGCCUCUAAUUCCUUCUCUUUCAUAUCCACGUUGUUGGUGAUUCUGUUAAUGAUGGUAGUGUUGCUUUAAUCCCGGAUUUGGCGGGAAAAGUUGAGAAAAUGAACCGGUUCCGGUCGGAGUUAGUUAGAAGUAAGUCGAAAAAGGCUUCGCAUUCGAAGUGGAUGCAAAUGUUUAUGAAGAAAACAAACGAACAAGAACAUGUUGGGUUCUUGGCAUUGUGGUUGUCUAGGUUUGGCUUUCCUUCGGGUGAUCAAGAUUCGGUAGGGAAACAUGUGAUCCCGAUUGCGGUGAGACUAUCGCAAGGGGUUAAACUGGCUCUUGCACCUGCGGUUCUUGCGUAUAUUUAUCAUAAUUUGACAAAGUUGAAAGAACAAUGUGUAGACUCGAGUUAUUCGAAUUUAAAAUCGAGUAGUUGUGUUAAUCUUUUGGGACCAUUUCAAUUGGUUCAGAUUUGGGUGUAUGAAAGGUUUCCAGUUGUAGGACAAAAAGGGCCCAAUGAACUUAGGCCUAGUGAGCCAAGAUUAACACGUUGGCACGUUUUGAAUUCGAAUGUUAGUUUACUGUUGUUGCGUUCGCAUAUGAUCAGUCUUGAGAGUUUCAUUUGGAGACCGUAUGCUGUUGAUCUGCAAAACUGGAAGCAGCCGUUACAUUACCAAGAUUCUGAACAGAUUAUAUCCGAUUCGCUGGUCUUAGAUGAUGAUUUGCAGUUUUUUUAUCUUUUUAUAGCGCCUUGUGAGCUAGUCAACAGUGACAUUCUGGACAUAGAUUCAGUCAUUUUAGCAACUCGGUAUUUCAGCAACAUCCCAUUUUGGCUUCAUGUAAGGAUCAAAAUUCAAUCUUUAACUAUUUGGAUAAUCUUUUUGAUUAAAUGAUCAUAUUAACUAACUGAAAGUUUCUUUGCUGAAAGUUCCCAAAAACAUAAUUAUUAGGAUUUGGCAAUCAGUCUUGGCACCAGUCAGUGAUACUGUAAGUUAAAAAAAAAAA